GAAAAUUUUAUAAAUAUAACCUUUGAGGUGUGAGCGUACAGGGAAAAGACAGCCGUCAUCCAGAGAACGACGACUCGUUUAGGAGCCGCUAAAAGACUUGUUUUUGGAAGCGCUGAAGUACUCCCAGAGGACUGGAAGGCACUCGCACAGCGACUUGCGCACACAACAAGGACUGCCCUUUAGAACAAAGGGCAUUGAGCAGAAGAAUCUGUUGCUGUUCAGGAGCAUUUCAAGGCUUCAAAGACAGAGAGACGAAAUCUGUCUUUAGGUAAAUCCAUUCGCUUCCCAAAUUUGCGUCUCUACCUCAAUAAUUGCUCUACUCGGGGGAGAUGGCGCCUACCAACGAGAGUGUGUAAGUCAGCUAGCACGCCGACUCUUCCUUUACAAGUCCUCGCGAAGAUGCUUUUCUUUAACAACCUCUUAUUUUCCUUUCCAUCCGGGAGUGACCGUCUCUGCAGCUCUUUAACAGAAGAAGGGGUUACGUCAAUUGUCAAACAACUUUCCGCCCCUGUACUUCUUUCAAGCUCUACCCACCUCGCGACCCCCCUGUCUGACUCAUCUUAAGAGGCAAAUACGAGGACGUCCGCCAUCUCAGUCUGAACAGUUUCUAAUUCCCGGGAAUCCGCUUUUCACCGUCGUUUUCGCGUUCGCUUCGCCAUCUCCCUUCCAAGCUGGUACGGGCCAUUCUGUGCAACCCCGGCGUCGACACCUCUCCAUCGAACGGGACCAUGAGGUCAAGCGUCUUUCAACAUCGCCGAGCGCUGCAAUGAUGCCUCGCCUGAGGCGGAAUGGAAUUCGAGGAACAGAAGACGCGCACACAUACCAGACCAACAGCAGACAUGGACUACUGGUGUAGCGUAAAUCAAACAAGAUCCUUCGAGUUAGACAAGAGACCUGUCUGAUGCUCCGCAUGGAGAGACGCACUCUACCGUCGCUGAAGCAAGAACUGGCGGCAGCGGGGGCGGUGUCACAAUGGAUGACCCCGCGACAACCAAAUCUUUCGAAACCGCGUACGGCGGCGACAGUAUGCUGGCAACUCUAGCGUGCGCCGCAUCAGAGGAUACAAAUUUUCCUCAGAGCAACGAAAGCGCGUCUAGCAUUCUCAGCAAUACAAGUCGCCUGUCAGAGGAAGUCCUAGCGCAGCUGAACGAGAACACGAGGUCGAUCUCAUCGUGCAUCAGUCGCGCGCAGCUGCUGCUGGGACAGCACACCGACACAGCAAAUUCUCAACUGGAAAGUGGCGCUACGAACGGCGUGCACCACAUGACAGAAGUCGGACAGACGGUCCGUCGUGCGAGUUUGGAAGAGUAUAUGGUCUUUCAAGAACAGCUAACUCCCCACCAAGACGAUGAAAUCAGCUUCGAGCUCUCCCAAGAUUCCGACGGCGAAGGAGUCACUUCGCCUUUUCACGAAGACAGCCGAGUCCGCAGUAUCGGACGGAUCGACGAGCCGGAGCCACUUAGCCAACUGCCAGAAUUCGCACCAGUGGCCAAUGCCAAAUGGGAAAUAAGGGAAACCACCGAGGUGAGACCGCCGAGGCCCGCCUCAACGGUGCCUCACGACCAGCUUUCCACCGGAUUCGCCUUCGAAGCCGCAGUUCUCCCGACUGACGUGAUGGAGAGAAUUUCCUCGACCGCGGAACCACAUCCUCCGAAAGCGAAUAUUCAGACCGAGACGCCGAAGCCGAUGCGGUAUCCCCCAUCUUCGAAGGCGAAAACACAUUUCGAAGGGUCGAAUGAUUUAGGUUCGAGACUAGAGGGGACCUGUGCGGAACGCCGAGCCACCCCCCUCAAGGCAAACGCGAGUCGCGCGAAACUCUGGGCCGCUGGCGGCAUCUCGAGGGCCACGGUGGAAACCGUGGUGUCGGGAGUUGGAGCAAGAAGCCGCUCCAGCGUGGGAGCAGCCUCGUGGACUUCCGCGAGCAGCGCCCUGAGCCGCGCGAGUAUCGGAAGCAAAACUCGCGACUCCAGCGUCGAGCCCCUCCCUGGAGACCGCGUUGUCGGAGCCCCGCCCUGCGGCCGAAGUCGAAAUAGUCGUCCUCUUGCGCAACAAGCGCGAGGCCCGAAGGCGUCCGGCGAGACUCCCGCGGUGUUCCCGCGUCUCUGGGAGGGCACGAUGGAGAGGCAGCGCGCGAGAUCUCGAGAGGCUCCUGCUGUCAGUGGAGCCGCGAGACUCAUUGUGCCGCGCCAUUCCCUGGGGAGUUCGACGGGAUCGAACAACUCGAGCUCCGCGCAGCGCAGAAGCAUCAGCGAGAAGGACACGAAGUCAACCGCGAGCACUCCUCCACAGGCGCCAGUCCCCCCCCCCCCGGGCAAGGAGGUGUCUGGGGAACCGAGGGAGGGUGUCGAGAUGCCCACCACAAACCAACGCGACCCCCAGAACAGCAACGGAGACGGCACGUUCAGAAAGGAAAAUUGACAGUAUCAAAGUCACCGUCGUCUCAUCCUCCGGAUAAAGUGGGAAGAGCGCAGUGCCGAGACGGACCUCCGCGCCUACGGAGGGCAUGCACAGCAAAAACCUUUAAAGUUUCACGCUUGCAAUGCGUCAGCCUGUGCGUGAUUCAUACCUGUGCGGAAGACGGGACGAUCAUGCGCUUUAAAGAUGCGUGAUCGUGUAGUGGAUUGUUUACAGGGGACAGUGUUCGUCAGUUGCUGAUGUGUAUAUGCGUUGAAGUGUGUUCUGUGCCUGCAUACAUGUGCCAGUGAGUGUUUAUUGUAAUUUGCGUGUUGCAUAUUUUGGUGUUUGUGUGGUGCCUGCGUGUCUGGACCGCAGCCUGUCUACAGCCAAGACAGACUCAAUCUAUUCAAUCUCAAGCGUCCGUUCCUUUUGGGCAAUCUCAGCCACGCUCCGCCACAGAUGCAUAGGCCGCAAUCGAAGCCAUCUUUCUCAAAAGCCUUUUCCAUCCAUUUGACGCAUACAGUCUUCGUAAUACAAGGAAAAUGACGGUUAUUCCUUUCGAAUCGUUCUGUAAGCAAAGCCGUGACCUUUCCAUGGUCGGGUAACUUCCUUUCUGGCCAAAUCGCUUUACCACGAGUUGGCGCGAUUUGCACUGGGCGCUUUUCGGGGGAUUUCGUACACCCUUUAAUGGCACAAGAGUAGGUGCGCGGGGAAACGAGAUGGUACGCGAAGUCAUUUUCGAUCGUAGCCGACGAGCGUCGUUUAUGUGAGCUAUUUUUCAGACAAUGUCUUUGAUGAUUCUUGAGAUUUACGAAACAAUUGUCACCGGCACAUGCCAUAAACAUUUGGCGUUGCUGAAAGUUCCUUUUCCUUCCUUGUAUGCUCUUACAUUGCUUGAAUCGCAAACGCCCAUUUGGGCGACUAUCAGAAUAUGUGUCUUCGUAUCCUCUUGCCUUGCUUGAACGUAGGUGACGGAGUUCGUGUAUAAGAGAAGCACUCCAGAGCUUAUCGUAGCGGUCUUCUGCCUCCGAAUGAAGAGACGACAGUUCCCUUAAUUGUCAUGUCGUAUCCUUUCUUCCCGUCCCAGUUCGACGCCUUACGAAACAGCGAAUUAUAUCCUUGCUUCCCAUCACUGUUAGAGGCGUUAUGAACCCAGAGUUGAUUGGAAACGUCGC